AUGGAACCCCAACUCGAGCGCAUUGCGCAGUCUAGCCGCACACCAUUCGAGAAGAAAGUCUGGCGUCUCUUAUGCCAGAUACCACCAGGUCAUGUCUCAACGUAUGGCAUCAUAUCAGUCCACUUGGGAUCUUCGCCAAGGGCAGUCGGCAACGCGUUGAGGCGGAAUCCAUUUGCGCCCCAAGUUCCCUGCCAUAGGGUCGUUGCCACCGGUGGGGCGCUAGGUGGGUUUAAGGGGCAUUGGUCCAAGAAUGGGGAGGGGAUUACGAUUGAGGAGAAGAAGAGGUUGUUGAGGAAGGAGGGGGUUAGGAUUGAUGCUAGUGGGAAGGUUCUGGGGACGCCUUGGGCGGCGUUUACUUGA